GAUUUCGUUUACUUUUGAAACUAGGCGAUAUUCAGCUUCAAAUUAUCUGAACACAGGGCAAACCGUGACUAUAAAAUAAUGGUUCUCCCGCGAGAGCACAGAUCUGGCAGAGACUUCACUACCUUCAGAAGGCAGAGCAGAUUUUAAACGAAAGGAAAUAGAUAAUGGCUCACAAAGUCCAUUUCUCAAUUUUCGUCCUAAUUCUUCUAUGCUGUGAUGCCCAAGGAGUCUUAGAGGUUGAGAAUAGUAUAGGUCAUAAGGAAAGGGAAGAAUAUUCGCGAUUUGGACUUCUACAGAAUUCCACCAACGGAAGCUCAGGAAACCCAGCAACUUCGACUUCGCACCAGACAAUAAGAUAUAGCUGUCCAUGGCCUUACCAAAAUAUUGCCACGCAUUGUCUUCAUAGGCAAUGCUUCGAUUUUGGUGUUAUUUACGGCUGGACAAACGUUCGGAAGUACUGCGAGUCUCUAGAUGGGGAUUUGGCGUGGUUUGAGGAUAAAGAUCUGCCCCUAAUAAUUGGUUAUAUGAAUGUGAUUAACUCUGUGACCUAUUUCGUCGGUGGCAGGCGGUUUAAUUCCACGUCAGACUUCGAAUGGGUGAAUGGCCAGAAACUUCCCGAUACUUCCUCACCCCUGUGGUACUAUAGAGAUUAUGAAGACUACAAUUGUGUAACACUCUCUAACAAUAAUGGUUAUAAACUUAGUAACCAAGACUGUAUGGCCUCUUUAUCUACAGUCAAAUGUUUUGUGUGUAGACUACUUGAGUAGCUUCACCAAUAAUGUUUCGAGUAAAAUGUGUUGUAUCAUGAUAAAAUGAUAAUUUGAAUGAUAUAAAUAAAUACAUUUCUAUAAU